UGCCACUGCCAUAUAAGGCGGGGGCCGGGCGGCGCCGGGGGAGGGGCUGCAGCCGCCAGGCCUCCUCCUCAGCUCUGAACGGCGCCCGGCCGGGAGGGAGCGCAGCGCAGCGCAGCGGGAGCGGAGCAGCGCGCCGAGCCUGCCAUGGGCAAAUCAGCCUCCAAGCAGUUUAACGACGAGGUCCUGAAGGCCCACAAUGAGUACCGGAAGCAGCAUGGUGUCCCCCCACUGAAGCUCUGCAAGAAGCUCAACCGGGAGGCUCAGCAGUAUUCAGAGGCCCUGGCCAGCACGAGGAUCCUCAAGCACAGCCCAGAGUCCAGUCGUGGCCAGUGUGGAGAGAACUUGGCAUGGGCAUCCUACGAUCAGACAGGAAAGGAGGUGGCUGAUAGAUGGUACAGUGAGAUCAAGAACUACAACUUUCAGCAGCCUGGCUUCACCUCUGGGACAGGACACUUCACAGCCAUGGUAUGGAAGAAUACAAAGAAGAUGGGAGUGGGGAAGGCGUCUGCAAGUGACGGGUCCUCUUUUGUGGUGGCCAGAUACUUCCCAGCAGGGAAUGUCGUCAACCAGGGCUUCUUUGAGGAAAAUGUCCUGCCUCCAAAGAAGUAAUUUGUCCAGUGGAAUGGGAAGGUGGCAGACUCAAGAACUUGGAUAUGAAGUGCCUAGAACAACAAAACUCAGCUGUGUGUCUGUCCCUGUGGGUGUGUGUGCUUGUGUGUGUGAUGCUGAGUCUCUUGCACACACCCUUGGUUAGACAGUUGUGCAUGAAAUCAUUCUCAUCAAAGAAAUGAGCAUACAAAGCCUUUAUCUCGAUGAGUCCCUAAGCUGCAAUUAUUUGGACUUUGAGGGGAAAAAUUCAAUUUUUAAACUUUUUAAAAAUUUUUUAAAGCAAACUUUUUUUGUACCUUACUUAUAUCCAUCCCUAAUCCUAAUGGACUUUCUGUAUUCCAACUGUUUGUGAUGCUGAGAAAGUGAAGUUCAUCUUAUGGGACCUUCAUGCAUUGUAAUCUACUUUUGGUAGAUAUUUAAGAAUAUUAAACCCUCAUUUAAAUGUGACAAAAA